ACUAACUUCUUCAUCCUUCUUGUCAGAAUCUUGAUCUACUCACAGCAGACUGUGGCAGUCUCCAUUGCGGAUUGUUUGGCGUGGUCAAGCUACAAAACUUCAGGCUGCUUGCCGUACUGCAUCAUUCUAAUCUUGGCCGCCAGCAGUUCACCUCGUAGUAUUUGUAGGAGCAGAGCAGCAGCUCGUGUGUCUGUUGGAAAAGUGUGAAUUUGAUUACAGUUUUUUGGAACGACAGAAGUGCUCACACCUGCCCACGCCUCUCGUUGUCUGAAACUGUGAACGCUCGGCUGUGCUCGUGAUGGAAUUCUCUAGUGAACGCGCUACGAGUAGACCUACGAUGCUGUAGUCUGGACAGCACAUGGUCAGGUGUAUUCCUCCAAUAUCAGAGCUCGUGUCCGAUAGAGAGAUUGCAGCCCCAGGAAUUUGAGUACAGUCUGGUACAGUAUUUCCUUUGAGACUGAAUAUCGAUUUCCGCCAACGCCUUAUUCACGAUGUUUGGCCUCAUUGUUCCUGGACGAUUGGUGCAAGGCGGCCCGCAGCAGGUGUCCGACGACCAGUUCCUGUUUGCGCUGGAGCAGCCGGACGGUGUUCGUCACAUUGUGAUCUUCAUGACCGGCGAGGUGCCGUUCGGCGACGGCUUCGGUGGCUCCAUCUACCUGGGCUGGCCGGAGAGCUGCGGGGACGGCGGUGGUGGCCGCGGUGUGGCCUGGCAGUACCUCGGGCAUAUUGCCAAUGACAAGCCCAGCGCCAUAUUCAAGGUAACCCCCGUCAAGCCGUCCGAGGGGAUCAGCAACCCGUUUGGCGCCGCUUUCCCAACGCCGGCCACCGCCGCCGCCCUGGCAACGCCCGUCGUGCAGGUGGGCAUCGUUGUGACGCCGCUACUGCAGAUCCAGCAGGAGACACCGCUGCCCGGUGCCCAGGUGAGCACGGCCGACACCAUGACGGUGUUCCCGCGGAAGUGUGUCGAGAGCUGCUACAACUACAUGACGUCGUUUGCGCUUACGCAGGCCGAAAUGACGCCGCAGCCCGGCGAGAGCUUUGUGCCCGCGUCCGCGCUGCAGAAGUGGUUCGAGAACUUCAUGCGCAAGCUGCAGCUCAACCCCAACUUCUGGAAGGAGUGAUGAUGAUGUCGAGACUUAUCGCGUGAAAAUGAUGAUGAUGUUGUGAGUUCCCUCAUGAAAAUGAUGAUGACGUCAUGACUUCCCUCAUGAAAAUGAUGAUGACGUCAUGACUUCCCUCGUGAACAUGAUGAUGACGUCAUGACUUCCCUAGUGAAAAUGAUGAUGAUGUCGUGACUUCCCUCGUGAAAAUGAUGACGAUGACGACGGUAAUGUUCAUGCUUCGGCCUUGAGCUCAUUGUGUUGCGAUCUCUGCACAUGUUGAACUUGUGACGGAGUUCACUGACCACUGUCAUCUUCUACUGGAGAUCAUAGCGCAGCAUUACGUACACUCUACUCCACUGUCACUGUGCUCUGCUCCUGGAAGGCUGUUGUUGGACACCGCUCAGUGGUACACACCGUGCGAGUGGUGCGGUGUGCGUUGCUUGCCGGCCAAGGCGGCAGCAUCUGUGUCUGCUCCGCAAGUAGUCUGUGUAGAGCCGGUUCUGUGGUAGGCGCAUGUCACUGCUCCCAAAAAUGGGGUAUCAUUGAUAGUACCCCAUUUGGGGUGGGGCAUGUCCCUGCCCAAAAAGAGGUCUUAUUGAUAGUACCCCUUUGGGGGGGGGGGGGCGGGGCGUGUACCCACCACAUAACCGGCUUGACACAUACUACUUCCGCACCCACGGUAGAAUGGCGGGCGUUGCUCAGCGACCGUCUGCAGUCCACCGUGCGACGGCUGAGGCAGGCACAACUCCAUCAAGGCUUGCGUCGGCGUAGCUAGCUAUGCUGUGUAUGGCAAGCGCCGCUGCCACAGACCAGAUGUUUGCGACACCAGGUAACUCGACGACUUUGCUUCCUCCUGGUGGGUGCCCUGAGUUUUGCUCCAUUUUUAGAACUCUCUUAGUUGUUUCCCGCCAUCACACAGAGGUUGUGUGCCUUUUUUAAUCCUAUUCAUGCCAGAUCUUGUUUUUCGAACUGACAGAUUCGGCUCAUCGCUAGAAUUGUUUUUAAAGAAACUUGAAUUGA